GUGUGUAGCUAGCUGUACAGGUUUGUCUUGUAGCGAGCGAUACAUCAGACACGACAACAGACAUGAUCCAAAGAGAUAACCAAGAGCUAGAGGAAGAAAAGACAAGAGGGGAAGAUUUGCCUGGGAUUUCAAUUGCUUCCCAAGCUUAUGAAAUUCACAAGUUCGCUGAUUUUAUUUGAUUGGUAGCUUUCUAUUAUCGGGUUUACUUUUCAAGAAUGCAACCAGGCGCCUUCCUUACAUAUCUACCGUUGCAGCAGAUCUAACCUAGCCAAUACAUGAGAUAUCAUUGCUCGUCUGAUAUGUAAAUAUAGUUCGCUCAUUUAUUUAUCUGCCAUCCUACCUUUCCCACACCCGACUUGGAUACAUCUCCCACCCCUCUAAUCCCACCACACAACCCCUAAGACCAAAGAAAGACCAACAAUGCCCACUCCCCAAACCCAAACAAUCCCAACACCCUGGUGCCCCAUCUCCGCAACCAUCCUCCAACCCGACCCCACCACCACACCUCCUCACCCAACCGACCUGACCCUCCUCCUCCUCCACGGAAACUCCUCCAGCUCCCUCGCCUUCACCCACAUCCUCUCCCGCCCUCCACCACCAGGCGUAUCCCGCGUCGUCGCCCUCGACUACCCAGGCCACGGCCGAUCCGGCAACGCCACCGCCGAGCACCAGCGCGUCUACACCCAACCGGGCUACGCCGCCGUGGCCGCCCACGCGCUGGCCGCCCUGAACAUCCGCGGCCGCGUCGCCGUGCUCGGUUGGAGCCUGGGCGGCCACGUCGCCAUCGAGCUGAUCCCGCUGCUGGCGCCGUCCAGCCUGGCCGACCGCGCCGCCAGCCUCGGCACGGGACCUCUACCCGGCACAUCCCCCGCCCCGUCACCGCCGCCCACCAGCGAGAUCGCCAUCGCGGGCAUCAUGCUGGUGGGGACGCCGCCGCUCGGCAACGCGGCGCAGUUCAAAGCGGGCUUCUCGCCGGGUGCCGGGGAGUGCGCAUCUGCGCGGGAGAGCCGGAGGGGCGAGGUUGGUCGGGGCGGGCGGGACGCGCUGAGCGAGAUUUCCUUCUUUGCGCUGGCGGCCGAGGAGCUGACGGACGAGAUGGUGGAGACGCUGACGGUGGCGGGCCACGGGCCGCCGCGGGAGCAGUGGAUGGCGGACGGGGCGCGGCGGACCGACGGGCGGGCGAGGCGCGUCAUGGCGGAGAACGCCUUCGCUGGAGAGCUGUCGGACCAGGUCGGCAUCGUCGGGGCGAGCGACGUGCUGUGCGCCGUGGUCAACGGGGCCGAGGAGCCGUUUGUCAACCUGGACUAUGUGGAUGGUAUCCGCUUCAGGAAUCUGUGGAAGGGCGAGUGCCACCGGAUUCCUGGCUUGGGCCAUGCUCCGUUCUGGGAAGCCCCUGAUUUGUUUUGGGACGGGUAUUUGACGCCUUUUCUUGCGGACUGUGAUGCAGCGCAAGCAUAUUCACUCUAAAGGACACUUGUGACAAACGGGCCGAAAACAAAAAAAGCAUGAUAGGCAUCGUUACUAUUAAAACAAUGUAUCCUUGGUUUAUGUACCAAGGGUGUUGUGGUCAAAUGCCAAAUAAAAGAGAGAGAAAAGAAAGUCCGUUCAGGACGCAGCAGACAAAAGAAAGUCCCUCCACGCUCGAUGAAUUCAGAUUUUAUCAUCAUUAAUCUCAGAAGAGAUCACCACCACUCUGUCACUGCUAGCAUCAUCCCCAGCCCGCUCCUCUUCCUGUCUCUCCGCUUCGGCCACUUCCACCAUGCUCGGCCUGAAUCCGAAAAUCCACAGCCGUGAUCGCAGCAGAAGCGAACUCAUAACGACGCUGAUGCUGCUCAAGGCCAUCGCCAACGCCGCCCACACUGGGUCAAGCCGCACGUGCUGGCCUCCCGGUCCUACGACUGGGUAAAGCACGCCGGCGGCGACAGGGACGGCCAGGACAUUGUAGAACAGCGCCCAGCCAAAGUUUAGCUUGAUGCGACGGAACACGGCCUUUGAAAGCUCCAGCAGCGUGAGAACGUUACGAAGGUCGCUCUUGACCAGCACAAACCCGGCGCUCGAGAUGGCAACGUCUGAUCCAGAUCCGAUAGCCACGCCAACGUCCGCCUGUGCCAACGCUGGUGCAUCGUUUACUCCAUCGCCAACCAUGGCCACAAUGGCUCGCCUAGUCGUAGAUUCCUUCUUGUGGCCAAUCUGCGCCUUGAGAGUGCUUUGAAG